AUGAAUCGUUGGUCGAAUCGCGUUGCUGUGGUGACAGGUGCCAGCUCUGGCAUUGGUGCGGCAUGUUGCAAGGAUCUGGUGGCCAAGGGCAUGGUUGUUGUCGGCUUGGCACGUCGCGAGAACCGGCUGGAGGAGAUCAAGGCUGCACUGCCGGCGGAUCAGGCAGCGCGCUUCCAUUACCACAAAUGCGAUGUCAGCGAUGAGAAGCAGGUGAUCGAGACUUUUGCCUGGAUUGAAAAGACGCUUGGGGGUGCCGAUGUGCUGGUUAACAAUGCGGGCAUUUCGCGUCACACGACUCUCACCGGUGAGGGGAACAGCGCGGAUCUGCGCGCCGUUCUGGACACCAAUGUCCUUGGCGUCUCGUGGUGCACGCGCGAGGCUUUCAAUUCCAUGCAACGCCGCAAGAUUGACGAUGGCCACAUUGUCAUCAUCAACAGCAUUGCCGGUCACCGCGUCCCAAUUCUGCCUGGCAUGAGCUUUAACAUGUAUGCGCCCUCCAAGCAUGCGAUCACCGCCCUCACCGAGGUACUGCGUCAGGAGUUCCUUGCCAAGGGCACCAAAACAAAGAUUACGAGCAUUAGUCCCGGUGCCGUUGAUACCGAAAUUAUUGAUAAGAAUGCUUUUACCAAACUGGGCGAUUUUCCCUUGCUCCUUGCCGAGGAUGUUGCCGAUGCCGUUAGCUACUGCAUCCAGACACCGCCAAAUGUUCAAAUUCACGAGCUGACAAUCAAACCCGUGGGUGAAAAAUUCUAAAAUCCUUGCGGGAAACAUUUUACGAGCUAAGAAGAACCUACACAUUGGAACAUUGUUUUAAGGUUUAAAUUAUUCACAAAAGCUAUAUUUAUUUGUUUACUAUUAAUUCUUCAAUUUUUCCAAAUAAAACACUAUGUUAAAAAAUAACUAACACCCA